AUGCAUUUCAUUACCCUCCUUUUACUACCUGCUUGCGUGCUUGGUGCAAACAUCGCGGCGUAUUGGGGCCAGAACGCCGGAAUAAACCAGAAAUCGCUAGCUGAAUAUUGCUCGUCGUCACCGGCGGAUAUCAUUCUACUUUCGUUUUUGAACAACUUUCCAAACUUGGGCUUGAAUUUUGCCAAUCAGUGCUCAAACAGUUUUGGAAAUGGCGUGCUACACUGUUCCCACAUUGGACAAGACAUUAAGACUUGUCAAAGCCAGGGUAAGAUCAUUUUGUUGUCGCUUGGAGGAGAGAGUGGGACCUAUGGAUUUUCGUCGGAUUCACAAGCUCAGGAGUUUGCAACUACAUUGUGGAACAAGUUCGGUGGCGGAACAGACAGCGAGAGACCCUUCGACGAUGCCAUAGUGGAUGGGUUCGACUUUGACAUUGAAAACAAGAAACAAACGGGCUACGCUGCAUUAGCAAACAAGCUUAGAAAGUACUUUGCCAGCUCUUCCAAGAAGUACUACUUGUCAGCCGCUCCUCAAUGUCCCUACCCUGAUGAAUCGGUUGGUGAAUUGAUGGCUCAAGUCGACCUCGAUUUUGCAUUCAUCCAGUUCUACAACAACUACUGCUCAAUCAACAAGCAGUUUAACUGGGACACAUGGAGUCAGUAUGCAUCAGGCAAAAACAUCAAAUUGUAUUUAGGCGUUCCAGGAUCGUCAUCUUCGGCUGGCUCGGGGUAUGUCGAUUCCAACACCCUUCAAAACACCAUAUCAAAUAUAAAGUCUGAUCCACACUUUGGCGGGGUUUCCGUGUGGGACAUUUCAUCAGCCCCACAAGGUUUCUUAAAUCAGAUUGAAGACGCCUUGAAAGGCUCAUCGCCUUCGCAAUCGUCCACUAGCUCAUCGUCUCAAACGUCCAUCAGCUCAUCGCCUCAAAUAUCCACCAGUUCAGCACCACUUCCCACGGUACCAAGCACCUUUUCCACAAGUUACUACUCGGGAACCGGCACGACAUCUGACAUUGCCGGGUCUUCUCCCACCGAGCCGAACGGUUUUCAAGCAAACCCGACACUAGUCUCCGGUCAAGGCACUCCCACUCUCAGCUCGGGUCUGCCGCCUGCUCCGACUGACGCCAAUGCAGCAGCAGCAUCUCGCAGGGUGAAACUAGAGUACUUGACAUUAACGAAAACUGUCUAUAGCUAA